AUCGAAGGUAGGUGGAGGUAGAGAGAGAGAGAGAGAGAGAGAGAGAGAGAGAGAGAGAGAGAGAGAGAGAGAGGGGGGGGGGGUCGUGGGAAUCGGCCAUUUCUUGCCCCACGGCUCCUUCUCCGGCGACUGCCCUCUCUGCUGCCCCAAAUUAAUUUCAUAUUGUUUCACUCAUCAUGAAUUUGGCUCACUAUUCUUUUUGGAAUAUGGAAAUGCUUUUGCCAAGUUUCAAAUUGUUUCGCUCAUCAUGAAUUUGGCUCACCAUUCUUUUUGGAAUAUGGAAAUGCUUCUGCCAAGUUUCAGAAUGUUUCGCUCAUCUGAUAUGAUGGGUGGAAACAUUUAUGUUGAUCAUGCAUUUCAAGGCUGACAAUUCUUUUUGGACUGCAGCAGGCCAGAAAUGGCACCAC